AUGCUGUCUGGAUGCUUACUCAUCCGACCAAAAACUUUCCACGCCAACCCCAUUGGAACAUUCAAGUCCGAUCCGAUCAACUUCACCACCCACAACCAUGUCGCCACGUCUAGCAGGGAAGCUCCUGCAGCUUUCCUCCUCCGCGAGGGCACGGGAGCAAUCACUGCUCCCCUCAUCCCCAUCCGAGGAUUCGGCAUCCGCUCCCUCAAUGAGCCCAAACCAAACCGCUUCAACGUCGGCGCCAACCUGCCCGUCCUCGAAUCAAGCACGACCGCCGCCCUCCUCCGCAAAGCAAACUCCCUGCCCCUGCGAACCGGCGCAAUCGCCACAAAGAAGGGCAUGACCGCGAUCUUCGACCCGGAGUCCGGAAAGCGCACCGCCUGCACAGUCCUCCAGCUCGACCGCGUCGAGGUCGUCUCGCACAAGACUCGCCAGAAGCAUGGAUACUACGCCGUCCAGGUUGGUGCGGGCUGGAAACACCCGUCCAACAUGACCAAGUCGCUGCUCGGACACUUUGCCGCCAAUGGCCUCUCGCCCAAGCGUCAUGUCUAUGAGUUCCGCGUUAAGAGUGAGGAGGGUCUUUUGCCGGUUGGAGAGAGUAUCUAUGCCAAUUGGUUCCAGGAGGGCCAGUUCAUUGACACCAAGUCCAAUACGAAGGGAUCGUUCUCACGGUGUGAGUUUGAAACAUCGUUCUAUGGGUUCGUCGGGUCCUGGUCAGGGUGGUGGUUCUCGUGUCUACCCGGCAAGAAGAUGGCCGGAAAUAUGGGAAAUACCCAGAACACUGUGCAGAACUUGAGGAUCCUCAAGGUGGAUCGUGAUACUGGCGUUGUUGUCGUGAGCGGCCACGUUAGCGGUCCCAAGGGCUGCGUCGUCCGCAUCCAGGAUGCGGUUAAGAAGCCCUGGCCUGAGGUUGCCCCUGCUGCUGAGGCCGAAGCUGUUACGGUCUAG